GAUGACAUGUUCUGUACACCUGAGAAGACGAAUAUCACCAGCAUCGGGGAUACUCAGGAUUCUGAGGUGCAGGUGUUAGAGAUAGCUCCAGAAGUCAUGGAGAACCGGAGGAAGAGAAGGCGGCCUAGGUGGUUCGCUGAGUACACUGAAAUGAAGAAGGCUAGAGCUACUUCGACACUCGUGAAUGCGGACCCACUUAGAGUGGUUGAUCGGAAGCUGCUCAAGACUUUUCACAAUUGGGUACUCGGCCAGAUUGGGAACAAGUACUCGAGAGAGUGCUUCACCGGUCGAUACCAUUCGUCUUGGUUCCUCGAACUACAUACUUCGAAGUUUUGGCUUGGAAACGAUCAUUUGGAUGCGGCACUCCAUUUGAUGAGGAGGCGACAACACUUUUAUCCAGAGGUCUACCCAAAUAGAUGUGUCAUCAUGCCGUGUAUUUUCCCAGUAGGAGUUAUUGCUCGGUGGGAAGCUGCGGGUGAUGACCAGGCUAACUAUCAGUGGGACGAGAGCAUAUUAGAUUUGAUUCGAGGGGAUGAAAGUCAAUUCUUGGCCAGUUGGAAGAAUAAGGAGAGAAUAUAUAUGACCCUCUACUUCGAUGGAGCAAAGCAUUGGGUGGCACUAGAGGUAGAUCUGGAUUAUUGGUUGUUGAACAUAUUUGACUCGAGCCUCGGAUCGAUUUCCCCGAACGAAUUGAAGAGUCACCUGGCAAUGUGGGAAAAAUUACUACCAAAUUUGCUGCUGCAGGCUGGCCUAUUCGAGACUCAUGACAUGAUCCUCGUGCCUCAACUUACCGCCUCAGAGAGCCAGGUCAGAAAUUUCACUUCAAAAGUCAUGGAUCGGGCCGUUGUUCCACAGAAAAAGACAAGCGGUAACUGCGGGAUGUACGUGAUAGAGCACAUUGAGCAUAGUAUGCUGGAGACUACGUUUGAUAAUAUGCACGAUGAGAAUAUGAAGAAAUUUAGAGAGCGGUGGUGUGUAGAUUUGUUUUACCAGAAUUUAGCAUGAACAAAUGUGUUUUUUAUUUGGUAUUUAUUAAGAUAACAAUGUAAAUGGUUUUUUUUAUUGGUAUGUGUAAUGCCCUGUCCAACAGGGACGCCACGUGUGUGCAAUUUAAUAAAA